AUGGACAAAAUCCUAAUCCUCCAAAUGAAGAUGAUGAAGCUGCAGUGGCUGAGCCCCCCCAGCGACCCUCUGCUGCAGCCCUAUUUCCCCUCCCGGCACGGCCCGCGGCACAACCACAGGUACGUCAGAGACUGUCAGCCCCUCAAGUACGGCAACGUAACACACGAAACUUGGCCCAGCGACAACAGGACGGGCGGCCCAGUGGCUACCACCAGAACGUUCGUUUCGUACGUCCCCCCGGAGGGCAAGGACCACAAGGUGGUCUAUGGCCACUUCACUUUUGUGAGGAACCCCCUGAGGACCUUCUCUGUGCUAGAGCCGGGCGGUGUGGGAGGCUGCCAGGCUCAACGCAGAGCCCCCGUGGAAGAGACCGCAAAGCUCGGGAAGUGUCUCGUGGCCCAGAACGGCGGGUACUUUGACAUGGGAACCGGAGAGUGUCUUGGGAACGUUGUGAGUGAUGGAAAGCUGGUGAAAAACUCUGGAGGCCUGCAAAACGCUCAGUUUGGCAUCCGGAAGGAUGGCACCAUGGUGUUCGGUUACCUGUCUGAGGAAGAUGUCUUGGAUCAAGCAAACCCUUUUGUGCAGCUUGUGAGUGGGGUAGUUUGGCUCCUAAGAGAUGGAGAAGUGUACAUCAGUCAGAGUCAAAUGGCUGAGUGUGGUGAAAUUCAAACCACAGGAACCUUUGACAAGUUCAUCAAUGUGAUAUCAGCCAGGACCGCAGUUGGACACGACAGUCAGGGGCAGCUGGUCUUGGUUCAUGUGGAUGGACAGACGGAAUCCAGAGGAGUCAACCUCUGGGAAAUGGCUGAAUUUCUGAAGCAUCAGGGAAUUGUCAAUGCUAUCAACCUGGAUGGUGGAGGGUCUGCAACGCUGGUCUUAAAUGGGACCCUUGCAAGCUAUCCGUCUGAGCACUGCUCCUUUGACAACAUGUGGCGUUGCCCUCGGAGCAUCUCGACCAUAAUGUGUAUCCACGAGCCUGCCUGCGAACCUGCAGACUGCAGCGGACACGGGAACUGCGUGGAAGGGGAGUGCCACUGCACUGAGGACUUCUGGAGAGGUCCAGCCUGUGACAUCUUGGACUGUGGCCCUUCCAACUGCAGCCUGCACGGCAUCUGCACCGACUCUGGAUGCCGGUGUGAUGCUGGCUGGAUUGGCACCAACUGCAGUGAAGCUUGUGCUAGUGGUUUCUAUGGGGAUGCUUGCACCCAGAAAUGCCAGUGCCAGAAUGGUGGCUCAUGUGACCCUGUGUAUGGAGCCUGUUCCUGCCCGGCUGGGUACUAUGGCACCAGCUGUGAGCAAGAGUGUCCCAUGGGCUGGUAUGGGCCAAACUGCCAGAAACGAUGUGCAUGUGAACACAUGUGUCCCUGCGACCGGGAGACAGGCAGCUGCAAUGUCACCUAUGAAUUGGCAGUACAGGACCAGUUAAACAAAGCUGGGCGGUGUUUGGCUUCCCAGAAUAAGGGAAGGAGCAAAGAAAAAUUCUCUUUGUCAGAAAAAACCUGGAUCUUCAUGACCUCUGUCUUGGCUCUGCUUCUGGUAAUUAGCACCAUGGGAAACAUAGGCCUUUUUCUCAAGGCCAGGUCAGAGAGGUGCCAUGAGAGUGGUAACUAUCUCUACCACCCCCUGAGGGAGAUGAAUGGGGAAGCCAGUCACACCUCCACAUCUGCUGCCUGCAAGACAGAAGAUACUCAGGACCAAAGCCAGGCACUCCUGUAGAGUCCCAGAUGAGAAGAGAUGAGAAGCUGGUGUGCUCUGCUCAGCUGUGUGGGCUGCCACUGAGGGACCGCAGCCUGGAGCUCUCCCACUUGGGGAAGGGAAGAGAAGAGACAGCAGCAGCCUGGCAUGGUCAGCACAACAGGACCAAGUCAUGGGACUGAGCUCACCCUACCCCAGCCUGAUCAGCCCAGCAGGACAGUCCAUGUGGUGGCCCUUGCUCACUGCUGCUAGAACUGCCCUUCCCUUGUCAGAGGGAACACCCACCAGCAGUGAGCUGGGGCUUCCAUGAGGAAGAGCUUCAGGCAGCCCAAGAUCCUGAACAUCUCAGCUGGAAAUCUGACCUUUUACUAGAACACAUCCUUGCACAAUGCAUUUAAAAAAAAAAAGUGAGUUUGCUUCCACGUGAGGGAAAACUAGCCUCUAAUGUGCUACUCUAAUGCUGUAAA